CCAUGGAAACAAUCAGUACAUCUGUCAAACCUGCUACUCAGAGCUCAGUCAAGAUGCCGAUCACCUGCAGGAUUCUAUUAAACUCCAUUAAGACAGAAACGAUGGAGGAAUAUGAAGCAGAGGAGAAGACAAACAGCAACAGCAAAAUGAGCUCAUCAGCAGAGAAACAAAUAAGCAAAAACUUAGCUGGACCUCAUGAUGAGGGUGAGGAGAGUUUCAUAGGAGGACAAAUGGAUCCACAUCAGCGAGCCGACACUGUGGAGAAAACACGUCGCUGUGACCAGUGUAAGAAGAGCUUCUCUUCCUCAGCAUAUUUGAAGUAUCACCAACGUAUCCACACUGGAGAAAAGCCUUACACCUGUGACCAGUGUGGUAGGAGUUUCACUCAAUCUGGAAAUUUAAAGAACCAUCAGCGGCUCCACACUGGAGAAAAGCCUUACACCUGUGACCAGUGUGGUAGGAGUUUCACUCAACUUGGAGCUUUAAAGAACCAUCAGCGCACUCACACUGGAGAAAAGCCUUUCACCUGUGACCAGUGCAGGAAGAGUUUUACUACAUCUGGAAAUUUAAAGAACCAUCAGCGCACUCACACUGGAGAAAAACCUUUCACUUGUGACCAGUGUGGUAAGAGUUUCACUCAAUCUGGAAAUUUAAAGAACCAUCAGCGCACUCACACUGGAGAAAAACCUUUCACUUGUGACCAGUGUCAGAAGAGGUUCUCUUCCUCAGAAUAUUUGAAGUAUCACCAACGUAUCCACACCGGAGAAAAACUUCCCACCUGUGACCAGUGUGGUAGGAGUUUCACUGUAUCUGGGGCUUUACAGAGACAUCGGUGCACUCACACUGGAGAAAAGCCUUUCACCUGUGAGCAGUGUGGUAAGAGUUUCACUCAAUCUGGAAAUUUAAAGAACCAUCAGCGCACUCACACUGGAGAAAAGCCUUUCACCUGUGACCAGUGCAGGAAGAGUUUUACUCAAUCUGGACAUUUAAAGACACAUCAGUGCAUUCACAAUGGAGAAAAACCUUUCACUUGUGACCAGUGUCAGAAGAGCUUCUCUUCCUCAAAAUAUUUGAAGUAUCACCAACGUAUCCACACUGGAGAAAAGCCUUACACCUGUGAUCAGUGUGGUAGGAGUUUCACUGCAUCUGGAAGUUUAAAGAACCAUCAGCGCACUCACACUGGAGAAAAGCCUUACACCUGUGACCAGUGCAGGAAGAGUUUUACUCAAUCUGGACAUUUAAAGACACAUCAGUGCAUUCACAAUGGAGAAAAACCUUUCACUUGUGGCCAGUGUCAGAAGAGGUUCUCUUCCUCAAAAUAUUUGAAGUAUCACCAACGUAUCCACACCGGAGAAAAACUUCCCACCUGUGACCAGUGUGGUAGGAGUUUCAUUCUAUCUGGAGAUUUAAAGAGACAUUGGCGCACUCACACUGGAGAAAAGCCUUUCACCUGUGAGCAGUGUCAAAAGAGCUUCUCUUCCUCAUCUAAUUUGAAGUAUCAUCAGCGCACUCACACUGUUGUAAGGCCUUACACCUGUGAGCAGUGCGGGAAGUUACAUUUGAUGGGACACUUUAAAGAAACAUCAGCACACUCACACUGUGUAGAGAGUGCACUUGAACUGUCUGGAUCUCUUAGCUGUUAAAAGAUGACACGUGACUUGUAAAACUUGUCAUGAAAAUGUUUCAAUAAUAUUCACAUGCAUGCAA